AUGGAAGAAAGUCAAGAACUUGCGUUGACCCAGUUGAGAAAAUCUGUCGAGAAACUCUCUUCUUCCACAGAGGGAUAUGAAGUGCCCACAUUGAUGAGGUUCUUGGUUGCAAGAUCAAUGAAUCCAGACAAGGCAGCAAAGAUGUUUGUAGAUUGGCAAAAAUGGAGAGCCUCCAUGGUUCCUACAAAUGAGAUCACAGACUCAGAAGUGAAGGAUGAGUUGGACUUCAAAAAGAUCUGUCUUCAGGGUCCAACAAAAUCUGGACACCCUAUGGUUCUUGUCCUAACCUCUAAGCACUUUCCUGCUAAGGAUCAAGUUAUCUUCAAGAAGUUCGUUGUUCAUCUGCUAGACAAAACAAUCGCAAGUGGCAUCAAAGGAAAAGAAGUAGGAGAUGAGAAGUUAGUAGCUGUUAUCGAUCUUUCAAACAUCACAUACAAGAACCUUGAUGCUCGUGGACUAAUCACCGGCUUUCAAUUCUUACAAUCUUACUACCCGGAACGCCUUGCAAAAUGCUACAUAUUGCACAUGCCUGGAUUCUUUUUGAGCGUUUGGAGAUUCGUCUGCCGUUUUCUAGAAAAAGCUACUCAGGAAAAGAUUGUGAUAGUAAAAGAAGGAGAAGAAGAGAGAAAGUUUAAGGAAGAGAUUGGAGUAGAUGCACUGCCAGAAGAAUAUGGUGGCAAAGCUAAGCUCACACUAAUCCAAGAUGUUCUUCUUCCUCAGGCGUCGGCUCCACAUAUGUUAACAACAAACAUUAAUAAUGUUUAAGUGUACUCCUUUAGUAGUAUUGUUCUGUAAUGAUUAUGACAGAACUUUUGUUAAAGAAGCAAUGAAACACAUGAGAAAUUUGUGCGAAUAUACUCAAUCUGGUAAACGUUCUGUUCUGCUUCCCACUUUAAAACAUGUUUGCUCUUUAUUGUUUUGAGAUAACAACAAACAUAUGUCGUUCUAGAUUGUUAGAACAUGAUUAAUAUCUUUUUCUUA